CUUUUGGAAACUACGUCAACUUUAUUGGGCUGUAUUUACCAUAUAACAUUGGAAGCGAUGUAAUCCGAGAGGCUUUUUUUCUGGAUUGUACUAAUCAAUUAGUAUUAGAAGACAACAUGGCUACCAGUCGUGAAGAGCGCAUGCAACAGCGUAUGCGCGGGGCUGGACGUCAUGAAGUUGCCGAUGACUCGUUUGGCUUCAUCCUUCCCGGUGCCGAAGUAUCUGAAGCAUCUCCCACUCUCUCCCCACCAGCACCUCCUCCGCCUGCCUCUAUACCACGGUCGGAACCGAAUACUUCAGCGAAGCGACGACGAUUGAGCCUAGAUGCCGGCCUACCAGACUCGCAGCCGUCCUCUAGUGCCACUAGAUCAUCGAGGAGGAUAUCAGCCCGAAUUAGUGGGGCAAAAGCAGAUCCCUACAAUGCCAUUCAAGAGGAGAGUCCCGAAAAUGUACCGGAACCCUCAGCAGAUCCAAGUCCGGUAUUACAGGAGGAACCACAAGAGGAACCACAGAAUGAGGAGGAAACAUUAGAGUCAUUGCCGGCGGUCGUACAGCGACCAGUAUCCCGCGGAUCAGUAACCUCGCGAGUAUCUGUCGGAGCCAUAGCCGAAGAAGUCACCGAAAGCCCAGCCGAAGCCCCAGGAAGUGGGCAUAGACGACGAAUUAGGGUCCCCGAAAGUCUUACUCGAAGCGCAAAACUCUUAAGGACUGUGACGAACGACGAAGCCGAGGGUACAGCCGAGGUAACAUUAUCUUCACCAUUAGCACGAAAGAGCAGAGCAAGUGGAGCUACUUUAGGCGCGAUUUCGGCACGAUCAACUCGAACGGCUGCGAGAACAUCAGUUGGUUCGCCAAUCGAUGAGGUUGACGAACUUUCGCCCACGAAUCGACGACCACGAAGGAGCGAUGAUACAGCAACCACUGGCUCUACACGAUCCACACGAAGUCGGAACAAAUUGAAUACCCCUAGUAUAGUAGAUGAGCUAUCUUCGCCUCCCGAGGCCGCAGGGACUAGUAGUGCUAGAAAACCCAAGCUGAGGAUAAAAUCUAAACCCGUGGCUGAGGAUCAAGAAGCUGAAGAUGAAGUUCAACGAGAAGAAGUGGAGGCCGAUGAUGAGGGAGCUGAGGAAAUCAACGCUCAGACAGCUGCCCGAAAGAUUGGUCGAAAACGACCGCGAACUAGUCCACCCCGAGAACCAUCGCCAGAGUUGCAUUCGAGGGUUGAAGAAACCCGCCCAAGGAAGAAAAGCAGACAAAAAAGAACCCAAGAGAGCCCUGCGAGACAAUCACAUCCCAAGCCACCAAACAAUAAGAAUAAGCAGGCUUCAAGAAGACGAAGCGACGGCGAAGCAAUUCCUAUUAUUGUGCAGCGGUAUACAAAACACAUACAUCUCAACGAAGAUGACACCGAUGCAGAUAUCCUCAAUUCCGAUAUUCCAUUCGCCAACCGUGGCGGCGUUAAUGUGAUUGACGUGUUAUCACAAAUAUGCGACGAAGUCAUUGAAUCUAGUUUAGAGACGCUUCAACAGGCUGCUAUUAACGCGAAAGAUUCAGCUACGAAGAAAGAAUUUAGGACAAAAUUGCGAGCUUUAGAGGCAUUUCAGGAAGAACUACGAACACGACUGUUAGAGCACACUAUUGUACUUGAUACGAUGCACGCGCUUAAGAAACGGGUGCGAUCGGUGCAAAAAGAAAAGCUCACACUUCGGUCGGAAAUCAUGCGCAUUCGAGCGGAGAGGGAACAGGUAGCCUUGAAAAUGGAUGCAGUGAGGAUUCGUCACGAAACAGCCAAUAAAGAAUCCAUGCACCAGCUAGGACUCUCCUCUGCGAUGGAUGAUAUCGAAUUGGCCAUCGAAAACGGGAAAUCAGCGCCCGACCUUGAUCCAAAGGAACAGAAAGCAGCCGAACUCUCCAAUCUAGAAUUGUUAAUUUCUCAGGUGGUUGGUCAGGCUAGCGCUACUGGCGAUGGUGGUGGGAACCUCAAACAGAUCAAAGACUUCAAUGCUUUCCUCGAGCGCACGGCUGUCGCUCUGGAAAGAAGGUAAUAUAGUAAAUAACAUGGGGGGCCGAAGAGAACGAAGUCAGAUCAAUACGAUCUCAUUUCACUUGAUGCUCUCAAUCACCUCAGAAAGUAAGCAGCAUCGACAGGUAGCCUCUUCAAGAUACCCAGAACAUCAGAAUCGGAAUUAAUAUAAACCGUACGGCGGUGACUUAUUAUGAAAUGGUCGGCGACUAAAUCCGUAGCUGACCAUGAUUAUUGAUCAUUAUAAUUGCA